AUGGCCUCACCAUUCUUCUCCCUCGAGGGUCAGACCGCUCUUGUAACAGGUGGUACGCGCGGAAUCGGCGCCGCUGUAGCCAUUGGACUCGCCGAGGCCGGAGCUGACGUCUUGCUGGUCCAGCGCGACGAGUCCAACACAUCUACUAGGGAAGCUAUUCUGAAGCUGGGUCGCAAGUCCCAGAUCUACACAGCCGACCUAGGCUCCCAAGAGAGCGUCGCUGCCCUGGUACCCAAGGUGCUCAAAGAUGGCCACCAGAUCCGCAUUCUCGUCAAUUGCGCCGGUAUCCAGAAGCGCCACCCAUGCGAGAAGUUCCCCGAUGACGAUUUCAACGCUGUUAGUGAAAUCUUUUGUGGGAUACAGGUCAUCCAAGUUAACCUCAACUCUGUCUUCACCCUGACACGUGAUGUUGGCGCCCAUAUGCUUACUCUCGAGCCUUCGCCGAUCACUGGCCGUAAGGGCAGUGUCAUUAAUUACGCCUCUCUGCUGUCCUUCCAAGGUGGCUUUACUGUUCCGGCCUAUGCUGCCUCCAAGGGCGCUGUUGCUCAACUGACCAAGAGCUUUGCCAACGAGUGGACAUCUAAGGGCAUUACCGUCAACGCCAUCGCUCCUGGCUAUAUCGAGACCGAGAUGAACACAGCCCUACUGAAUGAUAAGGAGAGACUCGCUAGCAUUAGUGCCAGAAUUCCUGCAGGUCGCUGGGGCACUCCCGAUGACUUCAAGGGUACCUCGGUGUAUCUGGCUAGUAAGUCAAGUGGCUAUGUUAGUGGUCACGUCUUGGUCGUUGACGGUGGCUGGAUGGGUCGGUAG